AUGAAGUCCUUCAUUUGGUCCGCUAUCGCCCUUCUAGCCACAGCAGUGGUCUCUGCAUCCGCAGGUGAUGUGGUAACAUUGAACAAUAUGCAAGAAUUCGACGCUGCCAUCAAUUCAAAUGAUCUCGUGCUCCUGAAGUUCUAUGCUCCAUGGUGUCCUCAUUGUCAAUCAUUAAAGCCAGAAUACGAGAAGGCCGCUACAGAGCUACAAGCUGAUAAAAUCAUGCUGGCCGAAGUGGAUUGUACCGUCAACAAUGUUAUUUGUGCCAAAUACAACGUCCAAGGAUACCCCACAAUGCAAAUGUUUAGAAAGGGCCGCCCCAGCGAUAUCUAUAACAAGGAGCGUAAAUCAGACAGCAUUACUAAAUACAUGAGAGCUCAUUUGUUAUCAGAUCUCACCGAAAUCAAGUCAAAGACGGAACUGGACAACCUACGAGAAAAGGAAGCACUGUUAGCUGUCGCUUAUAUUUCACCUGAAGAUAAAUCUUCUUUGGAUUCAUGGAAGGCUCUCUCUGAAAAGUUGGUGGAUGACUUCGCAUUUGGUGUUGUCACUGAUCAGUCCAUUAUGCAAGCAGAGAAUGUUGCAUCAUCGCCUAGCGUCGUCUUGUAUAAACACUUUGAUAAUCUGCGUGAUGUCCGCACUGGAUCCAUUGUUCCUGAUCAAAUCGAGGACUUUAUCAAGGUCAAUGCUGUGCCUUUGUUGGCUGAAGUGGAGAGCCAUACAUUCAUGGACUAUGUCGAUGCCGGUCGCCCUCUUGCCUAUAUCUUUUCCAAUUCUCAAGAGAUGAAGAGCCAAAUGCAUCAAUUGUUCUGGCCAUUGGCGCAGAAAUACAAGGGUGUGUUUAGUUUUGCUCAUAUCGACGCUAAUCAAUACGCUUCACAAGCAGAUUUCUUGUCUCUGAACAGCACAUGGCCAGCUGUAGCUGUUCAUAACUUUAAAACAGGUGCCCGCUUCCCUCUUGAUCAAAGCAAGGCUAUCAAUGAACAGGAAGUUUCCUUCUUUUUGGAUAAAAUUGUCCAAGGUCAAGCUGAGCCUGCAUUGAAAUCUCAGAGCUUUCCAGUUCGCAAGCCUGAGGAUGCAGUCAAGGUAGUUGUUGGAAAGGAUUUCGAAGACAUUGUGAUGGACAAGUCCAAAGACGUGCUUUUGGAGAUAUACGCUCCCUGGUGCGGUCAUUGUCAAGCUCUAGCACCUACAUAUCAGCAAUUGGGCCAAGUAAUGCAGGUGAACAAUGCUGAAAAGGACCAUGGUGUGGUGAUUGCCAAGAUGGACGGUACUGUCAAUGAUGUUCCUCUUUCUGCAGGCUUUUCGGUAAAGGGCUAUCCCACCAUUAAGCUGUUCAAAGCCAAUACGAAUACAAUCGUGGAUUACACAGGCCAGCGCACGCUUCAUGAUUUUGUUAAAUUCCUGAAUGAUCACUCCACCAAGCAAUCCUUGAAAAUCGAUUUAACAAGUCUUCCUCAGCCCGGUGAAAAGAUGAUUGAACCAUCUGAACAAGAAGCAAUUGAAAAACACGAUGAGCUCUAA